UAUAAAAGUAAAGAUAGUCAAAGCUAAAGUAGGAAUGCAGAAAGUUAAUUAUCACCUUGAACCAGGAUUUUUGGAAAUAUUUAUGUGUAGUGAUAAACUUCUUAAGAAAAUCAGUGGCAAAAUUAGCAGAAAAUUGACUUCUGAAAAGAAAGAUAAUAAAUUUAUCAGAGAAGAAAUCACAGCUCCACUUGGAUUAGUCAUAAUCCCACUUACAUUUAUCUCUAACAUAAAAAAUAAUGCCCGUCUUAAUAAUAAAAAAUCUAUCAUGAUUCUAUCUGAAUUCUAUGGACACAAAUAUAAUGAUGAUGAGCUCCAGACUUAUAUAUCAGAAAUAGUAACCAAUGCAGAAGAUAUCUAG